CAUUGAGUGAUAUACAUAAAUGUUUACAAAAUUCAUCAAUAGAUGUAUAUACAUAUAUACUGUUUCGUUUAAAAGCCUUUAGAUUAUGAUAUCUUGUGAAUAUACCCCCACUUGGAGUAAUGAAUUGUGAAUAAAUGUGUAGAAUAAAUUUCAGUCGUUGAUGCAUCGUCCUUGUAGAUACUUUUUGUAUAGUGAGAAGAAUACUUGUUAAAAUCACUCUGGAUUGUUUGUAAAUAAUUGAGAAUGAAUUCUCAUCAUUAUCAGUUAAUAUUAAUAAUAGUAUUUAUUAGAAACUUUAGCGCCUUUCAAUUCCCCGAUAGGAUCCAGAUUGAAUCUUGUAGUCUAGAUCAAUUUCGUUGUGCAAAUGGGGAAUGUAUCUCGAGUCCAUAUUUAUGUGAUGGUAAGAAAAACUGUCAAGAUGGUUCAGAUGAAACAAGAAAUGAAUGUCUAAAACCCGAAAUAAUAUGCCCAAAAUAUGCAUUUCGAUGCAAUUAUGGUGCUUGUGUUGAUGGAGAUGUAGUUUGUGAUGGUGUUGAUGAUUGCAUCGAUAAAAGUGAUGAAAAACAAUGCACAGGUGAACGUUCAAAAAAUAUAACAACUACACCAUUAUCUGGAUGUAAAGGUACUGAUCAAUUUAGAUGUGAAAAUGGACAGUGUAUUGAUGAUACUCGAGUUUGUGAUGGUCCUCCAGAUUGUAAUGAUAGAUCUGAUGAAAGUUCUACCGUUUGUGGCAGAAAUGAAUGCCCACAGUAUACAUUCCGCUGUUCAUAUGGUGCUUGUGUGGAUGGUAAUUUAAUAUGCAAUGGGGUACGAAAUUGUGCAGAUGGCUCAGACGAAGAACCAUUUAUAAAUUGUCGUAAUAAUACAAAUAACAAAGACACACAGACAAUUUCUAUAAAUAAUUCUAUUUCAAACAACACACCUGAAAAAGUUGGAACUACAACAUUAUCACCAUUAUUCACCAAAAAUCCAUUAAGAAAACCUUGUUUACGACCAAAUCAACCUGCUAAUGGUGAAUGGAAAUUGCAUAAAUCUCAAUGUUAUGAUAACGGUGAUGAUCAUUGCAGUAUAAAUAAUAAUAUAACAUCUAUGGAGCCUGGAACUUUUUUGGUUUAUACGUGUAAUUUCGGUUAUAAAUUAAAUAGUUUAGGUGAUGUUUUUUGUGGACCGGAAGGAAAAUGGUCGAGUGAACCAAAGUGUAUUGAAAUUCGUUGUAAAACAUUAAGUUCGGCAUCAACAUUAGCAGAAUGUACUUUGAAUGACGAAUGGACAUCAUGUGAAAUGCCAGUUUUACCAGGAACAACAGCAAAAGUAUCAUGUAAAAGCAGUUAUCGUCAAGAUAUAGCUGUGUUAGGUCUCCAAAGAGAUACUGUUCGAUGCAAUUCUAAAGGACAAUGGGAACCAGAACCAAUUCGAUGUAUCCCAGUUUGUGGAGUAAGAUCAUAUACAAAUUUGAAACCUCUCAUUGUUAAUGGAAGACGUCCAAAUAUAACAGAAUUUCCGUGGCAUGCAACAUUAUAUAGAUCUGAAUCAUUAUCUGGAGAGAGUGAAAAAAUAUUCGUUUGUGGAGCUACAAUAAUUCAAGAUGAUUUGUUAAUAACUGCUGCACAUUGUGUCUACGAUGAAGUUUCAAAAAAAGUAGAUAAUCCAAAGAGAUUUUUUAUUACCACAGGCAACAUGUUCCGUGAUUAUGACAGUCCUCUUCAUGACUCGCGCAUUGUGCAUAAGAGAAAAGUAAAAAAAAUUUACAUAAAUUGUAAUUAUUUGGGUCUUGAAGGAAACUAUGCACGUGAUAUAGCAAUCUUACAUGUUGAUAAACCUUUCACAUUUACAUCAUUUUUAAUACCAAUUUGUUUAGACACAACUACAAAUGAUCAAACAGCAAUAGAUGUUGGAAAAAUUGGCAUUGUUGCGGGGUUUGGAAGAACAAAUUUUGGACAAUCUAGUGGAGUUUUGCAAUCAUUAAGUGUCCCAGUGGUACCCUUGAAUCAAUGUAAAUCAGCAAGUGUAUCAUCAGAAGCAGAAAAAUUUAUAACAAUCGACAAGUUUUGUGCCGGCUAUGUUAAUGGAUCAUCAGUUUGUGAUGGUGAUAGUGGGGGUGGUUUGGCAUUUAGUGAUCGAGGAUUGUGGUAUCUUCGGGGCAUAGUCAGUGUUGGAAUUGGUUCUAAAGUUUCAGGAGGAGGACUCCGUACAUGUGAUAAUGAUCUUUAUUCACUGUAUACUAAAAUUUCCAGCCAUAUUUCAUGGAUUCAAGAUGUUAUUUUUAAACUUGAAACUCACAGAGAUAUACCUUCUUGUCGUCAAUAUAAUACACGUUAGUAAUAAAUUGAUUGGAUUUACUCUGUU